AUGCUUAGCGAUUACUUUGGUGCUGAUAUGGAAAAUCUUACCUUAAACUCUCUGUAUCUUGGUGGUCUUGAGAAAUUUGGGACGGAAGAUCAAAUAAAAAAAUAUGUUACACCCUUUACAAAUGGGGACAGAGUUGGCUGCUUUGCUUUAAGUGAACCAGGUAAUGGUAGUGAUGCAGGUGCUGCAUCAACAACCGCUAGGUUAGAAGGAGAUUCUUGGGUUUUGAAUGGAACUAAGGCCUGGAUAUCAAGUGGUUAUGAAGCUGAAGCAGCUCUUGUGCUUGCUUCAACUGAUAAAGCUCUGAAGCACAAAGGAAUAAGUUGUUUCAUUGUUCCUAAACCAAUCAAUGGUCUCACAUUAGGCAAAAAAGAAAACAAAUUGGGUAUUAAAGGAUCAUCAACUUGUAACUUAAUUUUUGAAGAUUGUAAAAUUCCAAAAGAAAACCUCUUAGGGAAGCUAGGAGAGGGAUUUAAAAUUGCAAUGACCAUUCUUGAUGCUGGAAGAAUCGGUGUUGCAGGGCAAGCAUUGGGAAUUGCACAGGCUGCCCUUGAUUGUGCUAUUCACUAUGCUUCACAAAGAUUAGCUUUUGGAAACCCUAUACUGGGUAAACAAGCAACACAGAUGAAACUGGCUGAUAUGGAAACAAGAUUAGAAGCUGCUCGUUUGCUAACAUGGAAAGCUGCCAUGUUGAAAGAUGCUGGACAAAGUUUCACAAAGGAAUCUGCCAUGGCUAAACUUACAGCUUCUGAGACUGCAACAUUUGUGGCACAUCAGGCUAUUCAAAUAUUAGGUGGUAUGGGCUAUGUAACUGACAUGCCUGCUGAAAGGCAUUACAGAGAUGCAAGAAUAACAGAAAUUUAUGAAGGUACAAGUGAAAUUCAAAGGAUUGUUAUUGCAGGGAACCUUACUAAAGAAUAUGGGCUCAACUAAUACUUUCCGAAUUAUAGAAAUGUAUUAAUUGAAAUUUAUAUUGCUUUAAGUGUACCUGAAUUUUUAUUGUUUUAAAUGAAAUAGUUAUACCCAAUUGUUUUAAAUAUACUUCACCUUUAUAGAUUUGACUAAAGCUCUGAUCAAUUUAUACGCUAUUUUUAUAACAAUAAAAUAUGUUUUUUGCACAA